UCUCACGGUGCCAAGAUGGCGGCGGAGGCGGGCGGCGGCGGUUGCCCGGGGCCUGGCUCGGCGCGGGGCCGCUUCCCGGGCCGGCCACGGGGCCCCGGCGGGGGCGGGGGCCGCUGCGGGCGGGGCGGCGGCGGGGAGCGGGCCCGGGUGGUCCUGCGGCGAGGCGGCGGCGGCGCGGCCGGUUCUGGAGGAGCGGAACCCGGCGAGGACACGGCCCUGCGCCGCCUGCUCGGCCUCCGCCGGGGCCUGCGCCGGCUCCGCCGCUUAUGGAAGGGGCUGCAUCCCCGACGGGGUCGGGGCCGCGGACGCGGCCGAAGCCGGGGCCGAGCCGGCCUGCAGGAAGAGCCGGAACAGAGCCAGGGGCAGCAGGAGGAGGAGGAGGAGGAGGAGGAGAGCAGUGACGAGGAGAACGAGGAGGAGGAGGAAGAAUUUCGAGGGUUCCACUCAGAUGAAGAUGUUGCCCCCAGUUCCCUGCGCUCUGCGCUCCGGUCCCAGCGAGGUGGAACCCCCAGAGGCCGGGCCAGAAAACACAGGACAAUCCCCCCUCCACCUCCCCGCCCAGCUGAAGCAGUCUUUCCUUCCCAGAAGGCCCCGUCCAGGAGACGGGGUGAGACUGGCAAAGAGCGGAUGGUGCAGGUACUGGCCGAGCUGCUUCAGCGGGCCCAGGCCCCACCAGCCCCCCGGAUCCGUGGCUCUGAAUCUCCCACCCCUCGUCGGCCUCGAGGCCGGCCACCAGGUUCUUCUAAAAAGAAGAAGCUGCCAGCAGUGGUAGCAGCAACAUCAGCUCCUAAGCCAGCAGCCCCUGCAGUCCCAGGAAAUCGACGAGCUGGGGCCUGGAGAUGUCGAGAGGCCCCCGCCUCUGGUUCUACCAGCCACAAAAGAGGGGAAUCUGGUCGAGGGGGCCGGGGAGGUAGGGGCCGAGGCCGGGGAAGGCUCCCCCUCCUCCUCAAGUUCGUCUCUAAGGCCAAAAAGAUGAAGAUGGGACAAUUGACCUUGGGAUCUGAGCCAGGACGAGGUCGCGGCCGUGGCCGUCGGAGGGGGGGAGGGCAUCGAGGGGUCCCUCCAGGUAGAGGUGGGUCUAGCCGAGGAGGGGGGCGACAUCAGAAGUGGCAACAGCAGGAGGAAGAAGAAGAAAAAGAUGAAGAAGAGAAAAAGGUGACCAAGGAAGAAGAAGAAAAACCACCUUCACCACCUCCUCCUCCUUCUCCUCCCCCUCCCCCUCCUUCCCCUCCCCCUCCUCCCCCCCCUCCACCUCCUCCAGCCCCAGAGGAAGAAGGAGAUACACCACCUCCCAUGGCCACAACUACUAGAUCCCGAAAAAGAGGCCGACCCCCCUUGACCCCUACCCAGCGAGCUGAGCGGGAGGCAGCCCGAGCAGGGCCAGAGGGUGGUUCCCCCCCUACCCCUGUCCCCCCUGCAGGACCUCCUGAAGAAAGUCCUACAGCACCCCCCAAGGGGACCACUUUCCUGAAAAAUAUCCGCCAGUUUAUCAUGCCAGUGGUGAGUGCCCGAUCUUCUCGUCUUAUCAAGACCCCAAGACGCUUCAUGGAUGAAGAGGUCCCUCGACCUCCAAGGACUGAGGCCUCGCCCCCUCCUCGGCCACCUGUGGAAGUCUCUCCACCAGCCCCCCAGGAACCAGCUCCAGCCCCAGUCCCAGCCCCAGCCCCAGCUCCAGCUCCUACCCCUACCCCUACCCCUACCCCUUCUCCACCUCCCCGCUCACCAACACCCCCACCAACCCCUCUUCCUGAAAAGAGACGGUCUAUUCUGAGGGAGCCCACAUUCCGAUGGACAUCACUGAGUUUGGAGCUUGCCCCACCUCCACCUCCAGCUCCUCCACCAGCCCCUCCCCCGGCACCCACCACCCCAUCCCGGAGGCCCCUUCUGCUUCGAGCUCCCCAGUUCACUCCUAGUGAAGCUCACUUGAAGAUCUAUGAAUCUGUGCUGACCGCACCUCUGACUGGGGCCCCUGAUCCUCCUGAGCCAGAGCCUCCCCCAGCCGAAGAACCUAUCUUGGAGCCUGAGUCUCGAACAGGCAGUCGAACCAAUCACCUCAGCUUGCCCUGCUUCACCCCUUCAGCAACCACACCCACAAAGGCUGAGAGCCCUCAGGGUUCACUGGUCCCCAGCAAUGGGCAGCAGCAACAGCAGCAGCAACAACAGCCAUCACCUCAGCCACAGCAGCUACCACCACAGCCACCACCCCCUGAUGAACAGAGCCUUUGUGCCCGGGGAACAAUUUCUCUUCCACUCUCAGGGGUGGAAGAGAAGAUGUUCAGUCUUCUCAAGAAGGCUAAAGUACAGCUGUUUAAGAUCGAUCAGCAACAGCACCAACAGAAGGUGGCCCCCCCAGCUCCGCCAAGCCCUGGAAUGAAGGUGGAAGAGUCUGUGAGGGCUGUCAAACAGAGUCCUGACAGAGGGGCUGUCAAGUCUGAGGAUGAGUUGCUGGAAGCCAAGAAAGAGAGACCCCCGGGUCCUGAGUCUCCAGUGCAGGGCCCUCGAAUCAAACAUGUUUGUCGCCAUGCUGCUGUGGCACUGGGCCAGGCCCGAGCCAUGGUGCCCGAAGAUGUCCCUCGACUCAGUGCCCUGCCCCUUCGGGAGCGUCAUGACCUUGCCGCCGAUGAUACAUCAUCAGCAUCUGAGACUGAAGGUAUCUCAUCACGGUCUCGAAGAGGAAAGGUGGAACCAGCAGGCCUGAGUGGAAGCUCAGGUCCCACAGGAACUGGGGGGACUCUGUCACAUGCCCCAAGGCGAUCCUUGCCUUCCCACCAAGGCAAGAAGAUGCGAAUGGCAAGAUGCGGACGUUGCCGAGGCUGUCUGAGACUGCAGGACUGUGGGUCCUGUGUCAAUUGCUUGGAUAAACCCAAGUUUGGAGGCCCAAACACGAAAAAACAGUGCUGUGUGUACCGGAAGUGUGAUAAGAUUGAGGCCCGAAAGAUGGAGCGCCUGGCUAAGAAAGGCCGCACAAUGGUGAAGACACUGUUGCCCUGGGAUUCAGACGAAUCCCUGGAAGCCUCUCCUGGGCCUCCUGGGCCUCGUCGGGGGUCAGGAGGUGGGGGGCCCCGGGAAGAGGCAGUGGCCCCCCCUGGGUCUGAAGAGCAGGAUCCCCUCCUGCAGCGCAAGUCAGCCCGUCGCUGCGUCAAACAGCGGCCUUCCUAUGACAUUUUUGAAGACUCAGAUGACUCAGACCCAGGUGUCCCCCCAGCUUCCCGCCGUCGAACCCCUCGAGAAAAUGAGUUGCCCCUGCUGGAGCCUGAAGAGCAGAGCCGGCCCAGGAAGGCCACUUUGCAACCUGUGGUGCAGCUUAAGGCUCGGAGGCGUCUAGAAAAGGACACUUCUGCUCCUGGACCCUUUGCCUCCUUCCCCAAUGGCUGGACUGGAAAGCAAAAGUCUCCUGAUGGUAUCCACCGAGUCCGUGUGGAUUUCAAGGAGGACUGUGACCUGGAAAAUGUGUGGCUGAUGGGUGGUCUGAGCGUGCUCACUUCUGUGCCUGGGGGUCCCCCCCUCGUGUGUCUGCUAUGUGCCAGCAAAGGCUUACAUGAGCUGGUGUUUUGCCAGGUGUGCUGUGACCCUUUCCACCCAUUCUGCUUGGAGGAGGCAGAGCGGCCCUUGCCCCAGCACCAUGACACCUGGUGCUGCCGCCGGUGCAAGUUUUGCCAUGUCUGUGGGCGUAAGGGCCGUAGCACUAAGCACCUCUUGGAGUGUGAGCGCUGCCGCCAUGCCUACCACCCUGCCUGUCUGGGGCCUAGUUACCCAACCCGUGCCACUCGGAAAAGGCGCCACUGGAUCUGCUCAGCCUGUGUUCGCUGUAAAAGUUGUGGAGCGGCUCCAGGAAAGAACUGGGACAGCGAGUGGUCAGGAGAUUGUAGUCUUUGCCCUGGCUGUACCCAGCUUUACGAGAAAGGAAACUUCUGCCCAAUUUGUACACGCUGCUAUGAGGAUAAUGACUAUGAGAGCAAGAUGAUGCAGUGUGCACAGUGUGACCACUGGGUGCAUGCCAAGUGCGAGGGCCUCUCAGAUGAGGGCUAUGAGAUUUUGUCUGGGCUGCCAGACUCGGUGCUAUAUACAUGUGGGCCAUGUGCUGGAACAGCUCCUCCUCGAUGGAGGGAAGCCCUGGAUGGGGCUCUUCGUGGGGGACUACACCAGGUACUGCAGGGCUUACUGAGUGCCAAGGUGACUGGACCCCUGCUGCACUGCACCCAGUGUGGACAGGAUGGAGAACAAUUGCACCGAGGACCCUGUGACCUUCGAGCUAUAAGCCAACUCUUUGAAGAUGGACAUUACAGCUCUGUGCACAGCUUCAUGGAGGAUGUGGUCAGUAUCCUGAUGAGACACAUGGAAGAAGGAGAUGCCCCUGAGCGCCGGGCUGUUGGGCAGGCCAAAGGACUCCUCUUGAAGCUACUAGAGUCUGCCUUCAGUUGGUUUGAUGCGCAUGAUCCCAAGUACUGGAGACGGAGUACCCGGCUACCCAAUGGUGUCCUCCCCAAUGCAGUUCUUCCCCCAUCUGCGGAUCACAUCUAUGCUCAGUGGAGACAACAAGAGUCUGAGAGCCCAGGAUCUGUACAUCCACCUGGAGGAGGUGCCGUUCCAGCUACCCAAGCCAAGGAACUAGCUUUGGAUCCCCAUUUAGAGGAUCCACGUCAGUGUGCCCUCUGUCUCAAGUAUGGAGAUGCUGACUCCAAGGAGGCUGGAAGGCUCUUAUACAUUGGACAAAAUGAGUGGACACACGUCAAUUGUGCCAUCUGGUCAGCAGAAGUGUUUGAGGAGAAUGAUGGCUCCCUUAAGAAUGUUCAUGCAGCUGUAGCCCGGGGCCGGCAGAUGAGGUGUGAACUGUGCCUGAAGCCUGGGGCCACUGUGGGCUGCUGCUUGUCCUCUUGCCUUAGCAAUUUCCACUUCAUGUGUGCCCGAGCCAGCUGCUGUAUCUUCCAGGAUGACAAGAAGGUUUUUUGCCAAAAACACACGGACCUCCUGGAUGGCAAGGAGAUUGUGACUCCUGAUGGCUUUGAUGUUCUCCGCCGAGUUUAUGUGGAUUUUGAGGGCAUCAGUUUCAAGCGAAAGUUUUUGACAGGAUUAGAACCAGAUGCCAUCAAUGUGCUCAUUGGCUCUAUCCGAAUUGAUUCCUUGGGGACGCUGUCUGACCUGUCUGACUGCGAGGGAAGACUCUUUCCCAUUGGCUACCAGUGUUCACGUCUGUACUGGAGCACAGUGGAUGCCCGUCGGCGCUGCUGGUAUCGGUGCCGGAUCCUAGAGUAUCGACCCCGGGGCCCUCGGGAGGAACCUGACCACAUAGGGGCAGCAGAGGAGAAUAGGACCAUUGUGCAUAGCCCUAUCCCCAUUUCAGAGCUGCCUGGAGCCGAGUCCCCCAAAAUGGGGCCUGACGCAGUUUCCCUGGGUCCUGAGCGGUCCUCCCUUGCCCAGAACACAGGCCCCUUACCACCCCCUCCAGAACAGAGCAUUGCCCCUUCCCCAGUCCCCCGAUCCGUCUCAGGGGCUAGAAUCAAAGUGCCCAACUACUCACCUUCCCGAAGGCCCCUGGGGGGGGUCUCCUGCUGGCCACUCCCCUCCCCGGGAAGUCCAUCAUCUCUGUCUCACCACAUCCCGACAGUUGGUGAUCCAGACUUCCCAGCUCCCCCAAGACGCUCCCGCCGUCCCAGCCCCCUGGCUUCCCGGCUGCCACCCCGACGGGCCUCUCCUCCCUCCAGGCCCACUCCUCAGCUCAGGGUGCCCCCUCCUACCUCAGCCCUCGAGGCCCUCAUGCCUACCUCAGGGGAGCUGGCUCCCCCCGGCCCAGCCUCCUCCCCACCCCCUCCUCCUGAGGACUUGGGCCCUGACUUUGAAGACAUGGAGGUGGUACCAGGGCUGAGCGCGGCCGACUUGGACUUUGCGGCCAGCCUCCUUGGCUCCGAACCCUUCCAGGAGGAGGAGAUUGUGGCGGAGGGGGUUGGGGGGGGCAGCCGGGGGGGGCCAGGGGACAGUUCAGAGGAGGAGGCUGGCCCUGCUGCCCACUACAUUCACUUCCCUCCCACUGUGGUGCCUGGUCCUAUUCCACCACCUGGUCCCAUACCUGGGACUCCCCGAAUUGAACAGCUGGAUGGAGUGGACGAUGGCACGGACAGUGAAGCUGAGGCCGUCCAACAGCCCCGGGGCCAGGAAGCCCCUCCUUCAGGGCCAGGGGUGGGUGGGGUAGGAGUUGGGGGGGGAGGAGGGGAUGGGGCGAGGCCCCCCGAGGACCUUCCUUCCGAAAUUGUGGAGUUUGUGCUAAAGAACCUAGGUGGAGCGGGUGAGGGAGGGGCUGGCCCUGGCGAAGAACCCCCCCUCCCACCCCCUUCACUGGCUAAUGGCAGCCAGGCUCCCCCAGCCCCGCUCCCCACCCCCACUGAUCCUCCCCGGACGUUUGCCUGGCUUCCUGGGGCCCCUGGAGUUCGUGUGCUAAGCCUCAGCCCCGCUCCCGAGCCCCCCAAAACUGCCACUUCAAAGAUCAUUCUGGUCAACAAACUGGGGCAGGUGUUUGUGAAAAUGGCCGGGGAGAGCGAGCCAGCCCCACCUCUGCCCAAACGGCCCCCGCCGACCCCUCCUACAGCUGCCCCAGCCUGGGGUCUCCCGCCUGGGCCACUGCUGAGUGUGCUGCCUGUGGUGGGGGUGGUGCGACCCCCACCCCCACCUCCCCCAUCGCUGACCCUGGUGCUGAGCAGUGGGCCCCCCAGCCCCCCCCGCCCAGCCAUUCGAGUCAAGAGGGUGUCAACCUUCGCUGGCCGCAGCCCCUCAGCACCCCCCCCAAACAAGGCCCCCCGGCUGGAUGGGGAGGGGGAGUCCCCCGAGAGUACCCCCCAAUCAGUGGGGGCCUUGGGCAGUGGAUUGAGCAGAGUACGGAUGAAAACACCCACCGUGCGGGGAGUCCUUGAUCUGGAUGCCCCAGGGGAGCCCAGUAGGGGAGAAAGUCCCACUACCCUUCCUGAUCGGCCCCCCCUGCUACCACUGCCAGACUGUGGCCUCGCCAGGGUCUCUGAUGGCCCCCCAGACCUGCUGCUUGAGCCCCAGUGGCACCACUACUCAGGUGAGGCAUCAAGUUCAGAGGAUGACCCUCCGUCCCCUGAUGACAAAGAGAAUCAGGGGCCCAAGCGGACAGGGCCCCACCUGCGCUUCGAGAUCAGCAGUGAAGAUGGCUUCAGCGUUGAGGCCGAGAGCCUGGAGGGGGCCUGGAGGACCCUGAUUGAGAAGGUCCAGGAGGCGCGGGGUCACGCCCGGCUCCGGCAUCUCUCCUUCAGUGGGAUGAGCGGUGCUCGGCUCUUGGGGAUCCACCACGAUGCUGUGAUCUUCCUGGCCGAGCAGUUGCCAGGGGCCCAGCGCUGCCAUCACUACAAGUUCCGCUACCACCAGCAGGGAGAGGGGCAGGAAGAGCCUCCCCUGAACCCCCAUGGUGCCGCCCGGGCAGAAGUCUACCUCCGGAAAUGCACCUUCGACAUGUUCAAUUUCCUGGCAUCCCAGCACCGAGUGCUGCCUGAGGGGGCUGCCUGUGACGAGGAGGAGGAUGAGGUGCAGCUCAGGUCUACCAGGCGUGCCACCAGUCUGGAGCUGCCCAUGGCUAUGCGCUUCCGCCACCUUAAGAAGACAUCCAAAGAGGCUGUAGGGGUCUACAGAUCCGCCAUCCACGGCCGGGGCCUGUUCUGUAAACGCAACAUCGAUGCUGGCGAGAUGGUCAUCGAGUACUCGGGCAUAGUGAUCCGGUCGGUGCUCACCGACAAGCGGGAGAAGUACUACGACGGGAAGGGCAUUGGCUGCUACAUGUUCCGAAUGGAUGACUUCGAUGUGGUGGACGCAACCAUGCACGGCAAUGCGGCGCGCUUCAUCAACCACUCGUGUGAGCCCAACUGCUUCUCUCGCGUGAUCCAUGUGGAGGGCCAGAAGCACAUUGUCAUCUUUGCUCUCCGGCGCAUCCUCCGGGGGGAGGAGCUCACCUACGACUACAAGUUCCCCAUCGAGGAUGCCAGCAACAAGCUUCCCUGUAACUGUGGGGCCAAGCGCUGUCGCCGCUUCCUCAACUGACCUGCCCCCUCCCCCCCACCAAGCCCAAGCUGUUCACCCCUGGCCUGGCCCUAAGGGGACCCCCUCCUCCCCCUCCCCGACCUCAGCACGUGUCCCCAGGGAGCCCUGCCUGCCCUCUUCCAGUUAUCACCUGCCUGCAGGGUCCAGGAUGUAGAUAAUAUUGUACAAAGGUUUCUAAAUCCCUUCUUUUCUAUGCACUUUUUUAUUUAAGAGGUGGGGUCCCAGGGGGGACUCCCCCCCCACAAUAAAGUCCGUCAAUGUUUGGA